UGAACUCUGUUCAAAUUCUUGUAGAUUGUGGGCACAUGACUUAUAUUCGAAAUUCUUUCGAUUAAGAAAAGUUUUCUCUGUUGAUAUUAAAUACAAAGGUAUCUUGCCUUCUUUAGCAUCAUUAGCACAUAAAAAUAUAGAAAUUAGAGCAUUAAUAUUUGACCAUG